CACUUUGUGUUAUGGACGUGUAUCACGCUAAAGGCGAUGAGACUGUCGAUUCGAAAGAGCAGGUAUUUCUUGAAGAAACCUUUUAUAUAUUGUCCAAAAAAAAAUCUGUGUUCCGGGUGCGCCUGACAUCUAAAGGAUUAUCAUUGAUCAAGGAAACCGAUGAUAUUGCAAAGGAACAAACAAUAUUGCUUCGCGAUAUCGUAGGCAGUAAAUGUAUGAGAAGUAAAAGACGUCGUGCUGGUGGUGGAUCUUGUGUGUGCAGUUCAUUAGUGGGUCAUCAUCAGCUCAAAGUUGUCGAUGAAAACAGCGGCGACCUUGAUGAGAGUGAUAUCAGUGCUUAUCUUUACAUUUACGCUUACGUUCUGAAGCGUGGCCGCCGAACGAAACGGGAAAGAACAACAAUAACACUGCGCUUCAGGUCGUACGACAGAUACGAAGACAAUAACAAAGAAGCACUAAAAUGGAGAACAACAAUCAAGUGUUUACUUGCCAAUUUAUCGAUCUCAAAUAAUCCGCCGAUAAAUGACAAAAAGUUGCUGGUACUACUAAAUCCAAAGUCUGGGCCAGGCAAAGCGAGAGAAAUAUUUCAAACAAAAGUAGCACCCAUUUUGCAGGAAGCUGAAAUUCCAUAUGAUCUUCAAGUGACCAAAUACGCGAAUUAUGCAAGGGAGUUUGUUCGAACGAGAAAUGUGUAUAAUUGGCGAGGAAUUGUUGCAGUGGGUGGUGAUGGUGUUCUCUUUGAGAUCCUCAAUGGUAUGUUUGAACGCUUGGAUUGGCAGCAAGCAUUUGCCGAAGUACCUCUGGCUAUUUUACCCUGUGGUUCUGGAAAUGGAUUAGCUACCACUAUCUGUUAUCAUUAUGAUGAACCGUUCACGAAUUCAAAUAUGACGGGUCUUUCGAUAUCUUUGACUAGAAAUCGAACAGCUCCGAUGGACGUAGUUCGAGUCGAAACAAAAACUAAAAUAAUGUUUUCGUUCUUAUCUGUCGGUUGGGGCUUGCUGUCCGAUAUUGAUAUUGAAAGCGAGAGAUUACGCGCUAUUGGCGGCCAGAGGUUCACCGUUUGGGCCAUAGCGAGACUGGUCGGAUUGAGAAAAUACAAAGGUACAGUCAGCUACGCCUUGAUAAAGGAUAUCAAGACCAUACCCAAGUCGAAACAUCCCCUGCUCAGCCAUAGCGUUAGUCAGGACGGCACUCUUGACUCUCCCGACACGGAAGCGUUCUACGAUUGCGACGAACAGUCCGAAACGUUCAAGAGCGUCAACGGACGGAGACACGAGCGAGUGGACUCUUGGUACUCGGUGCAUUCGAGGCGGAGCGCCUUCUACAGCACGCGAGACUCUGAUUAUCACAGCGUCACGAGCGGCUCGGAGGUAAGGUCGCCGGUGCACGCAUGCAUGCACGGCCCCGCCCCCCAUCUACCCUCCCUAAUGUCGCAGCUCCCCAACACGUGGGUACACGAACACGGCGAGUUCGUAAUGGUACACGUUUCAUACCAAACCCAUAUAGGCGCGGAUUUAUUAUUCGCCCCACAAUCAAAACUAUGCGAUGGUGUAAUGUGGAUGCUUAUCAUCAGAGCGGGUAUAUCAAGAUCUCAAAUACUGUCAUUCCUCUUAACACUCACGCAGGGUAAUCUUGCCGAAAUCAAUAAUGAGUUUAUAAAAAUGGUACCAGUUAGUGCAUUUCGUAUAGUUCCUGAAGGUCAGAAUGGGUACCUCACAGUCGACGGAGAACUGGUUGAGUACGGUCCUAUACAAGCCGAAAUCUUUCCUAAUAUUAUAAAUUUGCUCGUUCCCGACAAUGUAUAACAAUUAGGUGAGAAUAGUAUGUGCAAUAAAUACAUAAAUUAUUAGUUAAAUUAAUUAAAAUACCUUAAAGGUUGUGCAAAAAAUAAUAUCGAUAAAAUAAAUACAGGUAUUCUAUGUUGUCACUAUUUUUAAUUUGGUAAAUUGGUGAAACAGCUAAAUUGUGAUAUUAAUAUAUUAUGUAUGUAAACAUUGUUUUGUUGUAAGAUGUUGUAUUGUGUGUGUAAAUUAUAUCAGAAUAAGAUAGUGCCAAAAGAAAUGCACUCUAAAAUAAUCAGAUCGUUCAGAUUGUCGGUGGUAAAAUAAAUGAAAGUUAAGUUUUAUGUCCGAAGGGGUUUCCACUUUUUAUCUAUUACUUUAUUGAAAUUUUAAUGUAUACGUAAUAUACUUUUUUAAGUAUUAUUAUUAAGCAAAUCUUAUAGGAAAAAUCGCAACAAGUAUGCGUUACGUACUGUUACCUAUUGUGUUACAAAUAAGUGGCAACCCUUUCUUACUAAAAUGAUUUUAUCGGCCUAUGGACUUGCAUCCAGUGCCAUUUAAUAAAUUAAAAAAAAAAUGAUUUUGUCUAUUAUCAAUUUUGUAAAGCGAUUUUCUUGCUUAUUUAUAUAAAACAAUAGAUGAAUUCAAUUCUUAUUAGCUAAUUGAUUGGCACUUGGAACAGGCAUGAUUUCGAUCAAUUAGUUUAAUGAGUUUGUUGUUUGUUUUCAAGGUAGACUCCAUAAUUUGCUAGGUUAUUCUAGUGAGGUAAUUUUAACGUGAUGGUCAAAUAUCAAUGGCAGCAUGGACAGAAGUCCUAGAGUCUAGAAUUACUAUUAUUAAUUAUUAAAAUAUAGAUAAUUUAUACGCCUAGACAAGAGGCCAGGUUUAAUACUUUAGCGUGCAUGCGUUGCUGAAAAUAGAGGUUAACUGUUCGCCGCUAUUUUUUUCGACGUGUUCACAGCUGUUACAGUCUAUCUAGACUGAUAAAAUUUUAAAGAUUAAAAUAUAGGCCAAAGGGCACCAGUCUAGAUUUGUUAGAUUGUAUAAAGUAAGAGGCUUUAAGUACAAUAAUUUAUAAUAAUAUUAUUAAAUAAAUACAGGAUUGGUCUUAUUAAAUCCGCCCAAGCUAUUAUGUCUUAAAUUCCGGAUUCUGGCAAACCUCGGAAAAUAACCGGUGGCUUGCCGAUAAUUGCAGAAGUAAAUUCCCAUAAUGUUAAUAAUCUAUUGUGUUCUAAUUAUAAGUGGAUUCCAUUUUCCUCAAGAGACAAUGCGAAGUGAAAAUUCAAUUUUUAUUCAUAUAAGUACCUACUAAAACAUGUUUCUAAUAUUAAAUAGUCCAAAAGUACGGCAAGUCGUCCAAAAAAGAUAUAAUAUAAUGUGUAAAUAAUAUAUUUAAUAUGUUUUUCUUCUAUAUACAUAAUAUUUAAUAUUGUUAUUUUUCUGCCCUAAUCUUUUAUAUUAUAAUACCAACUUAAAAGGCAUUAUUAUAUGAACUGUGUUUCAAUCCACAUUAAAUUAAUCGUUUUUGGUUAAGGUGAUAUUAAAAGAAUCAGUUGUUACUUAGAUUAAAGAAUGGUCUCCGCUGCGCUCCAACUAGAUAGCGCAGGCAUAGUCGUAAAGCGCGGCAACUAAUACUACGCCCGUACGAACGUCCGCGUCGUGGCGAACAGUGUGUGACGUUGACGUGUCACAAUGUCAAUGUCAUGUUCUGUCAAACUUUUAAUUAAUUUCAAUGUAAAAUAACAUGAACCGUAUGUUACAGAAUUUGACAGAUGCCAUUGAGUGUCAAGAUGCGAGAUGCUUGAUAAUAGCUUUAAUAAAAAAGUUAUUGUUCUUAGGUAGUGCGGUAUCUAGGUGCAGCGCAGCGCAGACCAAUCCUUAACCUAAGAGUUGUCAUUUAUAUUUUUUCACCUGUUCAUAAUAUAGAAAAUAUUUACAUGUAUUUAAAAUUGCCGAUUGUAUUACAACAUUAAUUAUUAACAGUUACCGGCCUUACCUCCAAAUAAAAUUGUCAUAAACUUAUACCUGAGACUUAAGGCGCGGACUGACUAGGAUUGUAAACGCUACAACCAACAACAAGCUGCAAAUGGGACAUUUAUUUUACUGGUUUUAUUUUGUUUAUUCAAAAUAUACAUAUUAAAUUGAAUAACUGUUCGGUUUAAGUUUUAGAAAAUUACUAAUUCUAUUAAAUUCUUUAAAAAAAGAAUGUUGUUAUUGCUGUAAAGUCCGAGAUUUUUAACUCCAAAGUUUAUUUUUGGGAAGCUACUUCCAAAUUUUUUAUUGGAUAUUUCAAAUUAUAUAUACAUAUUAUAUUCGGUUCAAAUUUUUCUUUAAGUCCUUUUUUGUGCACUGUAUUUUUUGCGUCGGAAUAUUUUCAUUGCGUUAUGUUGUAAUCGACUCUCUAAGAAACCAAUUUUUGUGAAUAUUGAGGUAUGACCGCGCCUUAACCAAAAAUAUGCAAAAUGUUUACAAAUAGACAUUUUGCUUACGAUUGGUUCAUUCGGACGUUUAACGUUUCCCGCGUUUAUUUGCAAGGCUGCUUGACAUUCGGAAAACUUCAGAAUUAUCAUUGUAUUGACAGUGUUGUCAGCGAUAUACUCAACAUUUUGCCAUAUUCUUGGUUUAUUCUCAGAUAUAACUUUAUGCCAAGUUUAUUUGUAAGGCUGUAAGAAUUUUGUAAGUAUUAUAGUAGCGAACAUUCCAUGUCAAAUAUUUUUUUUUAAAUUAGGUAGUUAUUUUAUUAUCAUUGUGAUAGUUAAUUUUCUUAGCAACAGGCCUAACCCAGUGAUGUAUUUAGUAAUUUAAUAAAUUUUGUUAUGUUGCAUCUUAGAUAAUUUAUAUGUCUAGAGCCGUUUGCUGUUAGGCAAUGCAUGACAACCGGCCAAGUUCAUGACAUCAGAUACGUCUUAUAUCAAUCAAUCAAAUUCUUUAUUUGCGUAUAAACAUGGUAUGUUACGAUGGUAUAAUGUUACAGUUUCACAUGUUGCGCCAGGCUUAACUAGGCAUGCAAAUGUAAUUUAAUACAGUAAAUAGUAAGGUAAAUAACACAUAAUAAGAUUAGAUGCAAUAAUAUGUCUACAUGUCAGAAACAAUAAAUAUUAAUUAUCAUAAUACUGAAAAAUAAUACAGAACUACAGACUCACAUAAUAAUAAAGUAAUAACAGCCUAACAUAAUAUUAUUAAAUAUUGUCUAAUUAAUUAUUAACAAAAAUUUUCACAUUUUUAUGUUAUGACAUUACUCGCGUUCAGAAAUUCAUUUAUCGUAUAAAAUAGUCGCUCACUUAACCAGUGUUUAAGUUUUUUUCUUAAAAAGUCUUUUAUUCAAUAAUUUUAAAUUAAUGGGCAGUUUAUUGUAUAUUCUGACACUAAUAGCAAGACAACUCUUGUCAUACUGCAAGGUCAGUGGGAUUUCGUCGAAAAUUAUACUCGCGAUAUGUCAGUCACUCUGUAUUAAUGUGCAUGCGUUUGCUGAAAAUGAGAUUAAUAGUUCACCGUUAUUUUUUUUGACGUGUUCACAGCUGUCCCAGGCUAUCUAGAUUCUACACAUAUUAAGUAUCUAAGUGUUGCAUCUCUUAGGGUUAAGGUCACGUAUUACAUAAACUUAUCUAUGGAUAACAUUAGAACAUUCCUUCAAAAGAGCACCUUAUUUCGUGGCAGUAAAGUCCAAAGUAUACGCUCAUUAGAAGCUCGGACGCGAACACGAGGCAAGAACAUUUUGUUUUAGCAAUUGAAAUGUAAUUAUUUAGCAAAUUGAUUAAAAAAAGUCAAGUUACCUACACAAUUUUCUUAAUUUAAAGGGGCCUGAAAUACGACGCUAUAAUAUCCUUUUUAAGAUUCCAUAUGCUGUUAUUUCUACUUGUAUUCAAAGCGCGGUCGCGUAAGAUACAACUGAACAAAAACUCUGCCUAAUAGACGCGUGGGCAGAGUUUUGCGUCAGACAAUUUUUGAGUGUGAUUGUGAGUAGUUUAUUUUGUGGUACCCGCACAAUAAUUUCACUGACUUCUCAAGAGCAUGCCAGGCUCAUCAGCUCUUAUUAAUAAGCAAUUCCAACAAUAACAUUAAACUCUACUUAAAUAAUAAUGUGUUUCAGAGUGAAAACUUCUCUAGGCGGACUCGCUACACUGGGCUAUGUAAACUCGGUUCGCGAGCGUUGUUGUAUUUCGUAUCUUUAACCUCUCCUGAGUGAAUUUUUCAUUUCUGUGGUAUCGUGUUAAGCACGCACCGUUUUUAAAGUGAAACUUUUAUGACAUCGCCUCAAUUUUUUCCUCUAUCUAUCACAUGUCGCCUUACAGCCGGCCGUGGAGUAGGGGUGAAGUUCAAUUCAAUCAUUAAUUUCAACGACUGCUUUCAAGUCAGGUUGGCCGAGAUUUAAGCAUUGGUUGAUUGGCACGACUGACAACUUAGGUUUUUUUAUUACAUUAUAUUUUUAUUUAAUAAGUAAAAUAUAAUAUAUACAGUUUUUUUUUUCUAUUAUUACGCUAAUAUUAAUGUUAUUUUGUGAAAAAAAAUUUUCAUUUUGGUUUCAUAAAAUCACACCAAAAUGACACCAAGAUUUAUGAACGUGCGGGACUUGGACGGAACCCAAGAGGUUGCGGGAUCGAGUCCCGCAUCGUUCAUAAAUUUUGGGUACAAAUUAAAUUCACAAAAAAAUCCCGUAUUUUUACAAUGUUGCUUUAUGUAACAUUUUGGAAACAUGAAAGAGAACUUGAUCGGUGUCCAUUUUAAAAACAAUAGUUAUUGAAGUAAAUUUAAGUCUUUCUUAACGCCUCAACUUAUUUAAGAUGAUAAUUUUCAAGUUGUUAUAGGGCAGUAUUAGUUGUUCGCUUUGUAUUUAAUACUUUCUGUGAUAUCAAAGAAUUAUAAUUUAUGCCAUAAUAAUAUAUUAUCACAAUAAAAACCCCAAAACUUUAUGCUUUUUUAUAAUGUGAUAUUUUUUACUUUUUAAUGAUUAUUAUUGCAUAAUUAUUAAAUAUUGUUGAAAAUUAACUUAAGAAAAUUCAAGAAUGUCUGUUAUAUCAGGUUUAGCGAGUUGAUCUUAUAUAAAACCGUACUUUCCUAUUGGGUUUAAAUUUAUAAUGGUCAUGGAACAAUUAUGAUGAGUUAUUACUUGUAUAUUGUUGUUUUAAAUAAAUAAUAUAUCUAC